GAGAACACAUCAAAGGCAACUUUGCACAACGGCUGCGAACGGUUUGUUUAAAAACUGAAAAUUCUCCGAAGAGGCUGAAAUAACUGCUGAACGGACGGUGUAUGCACUCCAAGCUCUUUCGAGCUUUCUAUAAUGAAUCUAGACCUUACUGUAAACUGGCCAUCAUAACGUAAACGCAAUAGAAAUCAUACGUACUAGCAGAUAUAAUGAAUCCUAUAAAUAAAAAAAUAGUAUCGAUUUUUAGCAUUUUGGCCAUUCAAUUUUUGUUAAAUGCUUCGGCAACGUUCUCGCGAAACACAGCAUUUGAGGGCUACUCUGAGGGUCCUUUCAAACCCAAUCAACAAAAUCCAGUGACUCGUUCAGAGGUGUUGGUGUUUUCAACUCGUUAUGGGGAUAUUAGGGUUUUUCUCAGGCAAGAUGCUGCACCCAAAACUGUAGAGUAUAUGAAGAGUCUUGCAAGAGAAGGCCUAUUUGAUGGAUGCGGUUUCUACCGUGUAGAGCCUUCAGGAGAGACAGUAGAUCAUGAUAGAAAAGGGACGAGAAGAGGGUAUGCACUUGUACAAGGUGGAUUAUAUUCAUGUGGCCGACAACAAAGCAUUGUUUUACCUACAGAGCCAGUGUUGCAUAACAAUGUUGGUACAGUUGCUCUGAUUACGGGCACGAGUGAAUUCUUCUUCAACCUUGAGGACCAUCAUGAGUGGGACAAAAGUUUCAAUGUUUGGGGAACGAUAUUCGAUGAAGCAAGUUUAGCAGUGCUUCAGAAAAUUGUGGCUCUACCUACAUACCAGGAAGAUCAUCCCAGUGGCACUGUGAUGCGUAUACUUAAAACACCAGUGGAGUACAGGGCAAAGGCAUUAUGGCGAUGGCGAUUGGUUUAUUUAGCAGAGGUGGAGACGACGAUGAGGCGAUGGUUAACAGGUUCGAGAGCAAACCUAGAAAUCAUAUUUACACCUUUCAGAUGAGGAUUGCCUACUCGCACCAUGCUAAGAUGAAGUAUGUUUUGGUUAAUGUUCCCAAGCAUCACUCCCCUCAUCCGUGGGUAUGAAGGACAUGGCCUGGGCUGUCCGUGAAUGGAUA